ACCGUCUUUUGACAUCAAACAUUGAAUUGUACCGAAUACCCUACUCGCGUGGAAUUAAUAUAAGAAAAAUAAAAUGUCGGCUUCAGGAUCCAAGUUCAUUUCUACUGAGCCUCUGCGUAAUGAAGAAGCUCGCUGGGCGAGGCUAGUCAAAACCACAUACCUAGAUCCCAAUGGUGUGGAGCGCACGUGGGAGUCUUCAGAGCGUCAAACGCGGCCGCAAGGCUCGGGAAUUGACGGAGUAGGGAUAAUUGCCAUACUCGAGAAAUCUACUGGACCGGAACUCCUUUUGCAGAAGCAGUAUAGGCCACCAGUCGCCAAAGUGUGCAUUGAAGUUCCAGCUGGAUUAAUUGACGCUGGAGAAAGCCCUGAGGUAUGCGCUCUACGGGAGCUUAAAGAGGAGACGGGUUAUGUGGGCGAGGUUGCAAAGGGAUCCAGUGCAGUGAGCCCGGUGAUGUACAACGAUCCCGGCUUUUGCAAUACCAAUUUGAACAUGGUACAUGUAACGGUUGACAUGUCCCGGCCCGAGAACCAGAAUCUCAAAACUGAGCUCGAAGAGAAUGAGUUCAUUGAGUGCUUCUCGGUCCCAUUGAAGGACUUGUACUCGGAAUGCCGCAAGCUUGAGCAAGAGGGUUACGCUAUCGAUGCUCGUGUUGGAACAUUAGCUGAAGGCUUCGAGGUCGCCAAAAAGUGGAAGCUUUGUUAAUCUCGCAAGACAUGAAUCUCCAGAAAUUACCUGCAUGCGGGGCUCACGGCGCUUACAUCAUAUCAUAGACACACAUAGAACACGCAUAAUAUUAAGAAGAUUAUGAAGGAUGCAAAAUAAUUAUCCCGCAAUCCAGCUCGUUCCUUUCCCAAG